AUGAAUUCCAAAAUGAAGCAACUGGAUAGUACAAGCAAUGAUGUCAAAAAGCACAUGAAAACAAACAACAUAAGUAAUCUGAAGAUACCUGCUCGUGUAUCGGGUUGGUUGGAAGAGGUUGAAAAGAUUAAAGAAGAUGCUCAAAGCAUUUCAAGUAUUGGGAAUGGAUGUUUUAACAUGAAAAUGAGUUCUGCACCUUCGGAUGGUGAUGCCCAAAAUCACUUCAGAUCAAGAGAAAAGUCUUUUAAGAAAGCCUUGGAGUCCCUCGAACAAGAUCGCACGAGCAAAGUGAUAGUCGUAUGUGGAAUGGGAGGUGUGGGGAAAACCACAAUGAUAGAACAACUGAAAAAGACUGCAGAAGAUAAGAAAAUAUUUAAUUAUGUUUUGAAGUUGGUUAUUGGGCAACAAAUUAACAUGUUUUCUAUUCAGCAAGCUAUAGCAGAAUACAUGGGCCCAUCUCUAACUGAAAUGAGUAAAGAAGCAAGAGAAGAUCGUCUUCGUAUAACAUUUGAGAAACUUCCAGAAGGUAAAAGAAAGGUUUUGCUGAUAUUAGAUGAUGUAUGGGAGACGAUUGAACUCAAAGAUAUUGGACUGAGUCCUUUGCCCAACGGCUUCAAGUUGUUGCUGACAUCACGAAAUGAAAAUAUUUGCAAACAAAUUGCAGUAGAAGUUAAUUCGGAUUUAACACUAGUUCGAGUGGAUGUGAUGGAGGAGCCCGAAGCACAGAAUUUCUUUUGGCAAAUCACAGGAGUUUCAAAACAACAUGGUCAGGAGUUCAAUCAAAUAGGAAGUGAAAUUGUGAGAAGAUGUGGUGUUUUGCCCCUUGCCAUUAAACUCAUCGCGAAAACCCUUCAAUUUCAACAAGUUUUUGUAUGGAGAGAUACUUUUCAACGGUUGAAGAAGAAGAAUCUUGAUGAGAAUGUGCAAGAAGUUAUUAAGAUAAGCUAUAAUUAUAUAAAAACAGAGGAGGAAAAGGUGAAUUUUCUUCUGUGUGGCUUGUUUCCUGAUGACUUUAAUAUUCCAAUCGAGGAACUCACAAGAUAUGCAUGGGGCCUAUGGUUGUUAAGUGAAGUUUCUACAGUGGGAGAGGCUAGAGACAGGACAAAAACAUGUGUGCAGAAUCUUACAAAUGCAAAUUUGUUGAUGGAUAGCUAUUACAUUGGGUGUGUCAAAAUGCAUGAUCUUGUGUUUGCUUUUGUGUUAGGUAGAGUUUCUAAAGGUGACCAUCCAUGGAUAAUCAACCAUGGUGAUAUUUCAAAGUGGAGUAGAGCUGAAGUGAGAGAGUCAUGCAAAAGAAUCUCUAUUACUUGCACGGAUAUGUCUGAGUUUCCUAAUGACUCUAAGUUCCCAAACCUUUUACUUUUGAGACUUAUGGAUGGAGAUUAG